AUGUUCUGUAUUACGUUCGGGAACUUUGAUGCAGCAAAGAUAAUGCAACGUUUUUCAUUUGUUGUUGUUAUUGUUGUAACAUUAGGGCUACAGCAAACUAUCGAAACCGGUGGUAGAACAUCUAUCGUGUCCUCAUUCCGAUUGAACGUCACCACUGAAUUUCCAUUUUUAGUUGGCUUAACUACCAGAAAAAUAGAUGAUGAAAUGAACUGGAAGGCUGUCAUCUGCUCAGGAACCCUGAUAUCUUCGGUGUUCGUUUUGUCAUCGGCGUAUUGCACGUCGCGUUUGACAACCACGACCAAGUUGAGUUCAGAGGGCACUACAUUAAUUGCGUAUUGGAGGACACCUGGCAACUCCAUCAAAUACCACCGGGCCAUAAGUGUUUAUAUCCAUCCGUCAUACGAUAAAGCCACACGCAUGUUUGAUUUAUCGCUGAUAAAACUCAAGAAACCGUUUCAAUAUGUUGAACGUUUUGUCGGACUAUCGUCAAGAACGUUCAAUAGUGAUGUUGAACUGAAUUGCGUUGUUGUAGGGAUUGGUGCACCUCAUGAACGUAGUUACAAGGUACCAGUACGUGUCAAGUAUGGCCGCACUGCUUGUCGUAUUCCAAAAUCAAACCCUGGUUUUGAGUACGUGAUCGGAUUUACUUGGGCAGAUUUCUUGUGUGCCGAGACAAUAGGCCCGGCAGUUACGCGAUUGCCGUGUGACCGGGCUGACCCACUGUUGUGCUCCAGUGGUCGGUAUCAGUAUGGAAUCUUUAGCUAUGGGUACGAUGGCACAAAUGCAUCUCCAGCGACAGAAGCGACUGAAUGCGGAGAUUCGGUCAUUCAGGGAAGACUCUUGUUUGUCAAUAGGUACGCUGGCUGGAUUUCUGAAACAAUGACGAAACUCAUAGCAAACCACGAUGGCGGCUCGCAACAGUCAGACAAAGAUUAUAAGACGACAACGAGGCAUCGUCACCCCACUCGGCUACGAUCGACAACCAACUCAACUCAAACAGUAGUGCCGCAAGUAACCUGCACUGACCGCUUGGAAGUCGAUUAUCCAUAUCUGGUAUACUUGGAAGGUCUACCUGACGAACCGGUGUGUGGCGGCACUCUGGUAUCGCCCUGGCACGUGCUUACAACCGCUUACUGCACGACGAGAAUGACCGAAAUUGUGGUGACCGUUACAACAUACCAUAGACAAUGCUCGAACGCAAGCUUCGUUUAUAUUCAUCCGGAUUUCGACUCGUACACACUAACCGCGGACAUCAGCAUCGUAGUUUUACGUGAACCGUUAAACGUGCCUAGGUAUGCACAGCUACCAAAUAUUAUCAAUGGUCCGAUCGACGAUAACUUCACUACUAAAGCUCUGGCUUGCGUAGUGGUAGCAACAAGACGGCUGACACCUUAUUAUUACAUUCCAGUCAAUGUCAUGUACGGGCUCAAAGCUUGUCCAGAGUCAAUCGACUUAGAAACUCAGACAAUUGUCAGCAAGACAUGGCGCGAGUUCAUCUGCGGGAUGCCAAAUCAACUACUUCGAAAUGACACAGGAGAUCCUUUAAUCUGCGACGGAUUGCAGUAUGGUAUAAUUAGUCACACGUACCGGACUAAGAUUCAAGCCUCCAAAACUGGAAGUAUCGAUCAAGUUCGUUUCUUGAUAGUUAACUACCAUAAAGAGUGGAUCGAUAAUGUAAUCGUGGCCGAUAAUCGAUUCGGCACUAAUGACGGUUGCCCGCACACAUUCUCUGGAUUCGCGAUCAAUUUGGUUCUGCUGCUGCUCAUAAUCAUAUUCCAAUUAUUGUCACAGCUUAGGUAGAAAAUCAUACAAUGAUUACGAAUAUUACA